ACCAGGAGGCUCUCAAUCUUCCUCUCUUUCCUGCAAUUGCAAAUUGCAGUUGUGGCAAUGGCGACCAAAGUUGCUCUACUUUCUUCUCCCCUCAGCUCUAAGCUCCCUCGUUCCACCAAUGGGAGUUCUUCUUUCUCCUUCCCUCUGUCCACGACUACCCCAAGAAAAAGAGCUUCUCUUCAUUUCAAACUUAACGCAAAACUAGGCGGCGAUGGAGAAGGAGAGAUCAAACAAGGAUCAGGGAAGAAGAAAUUCAUCACGAAAGAAGAAGAGCCAGAACAGUAUUGGCAGUCGGCAGGGGAGAGGGCAGGAGAGAACCCCAUGAAGACACCACUCCCUUACAUAAUCAUAUUUGGAAUGUCAACUCCUUUCGUCAUAUUAGCCAUUGCCUUUCUUAACGGUUGGAUUAAAGUUCCUAUUCGAUAAUCUAUCUUACCACUUCCCUUUUCAUAUUUACUGCCAAAUAUCAAUUUGAUUUGAUCAUUUGCGCCUUUACUCUCAUCUCCCAUUGUUAAACAACACAAAUUAUUUGUUUUCAGUAAAUUUGGAUUAUAAUACAUAUUACAUACAUUA